AUGGAGAGGCCUCUCACAGUCCUGCAGGUGGCCCUGCACCACCCCACGCAAGGCCCAGCUGCCUUUGCCAAGGUGCCCCCGAAGCUGCAGCUCGACACCAGCCCUCUGCUGCUCGGCCGGGGGCAGGACGCCCACCUCCGCCUGAUGGUGUCCCGCCUCUCCCGCCAACACCUGUCCCUGGAGCCCUACCGGGAGCAAGGCAGCAGUCUGCUGUCCUUCAGCCUGAGGGUCCUGAGCCGCCAGGGCUGUGUGUGGGUCAACGGGCUGAUGCUCAGGUUCCUGGAGCAGGUCCCCUUAGGUGCCGUCAACAGGGUGGCCUUUGCCGGAGUCCAGAUGGCGAUCUGCAUCGAGUGGGGCAUCUCCCUGGAGGCCUUUGUCUGCUGUGUCCACCUCAGUCCCUCGCCCCUGAUUUACAGGCUCAAGGCCGAGGAGACCGAUGACCAUGAUGAAAUCCCCCCGCAGCAGCAGCCUCCCCCGGGGGGCUCGGGGGAGCAGACUUCAGGUAGCCUGGGCUUUCUCCAAGACCCCUCUCCGACUCAGGACAGCGCUCUGCAGCCCAGCCCUGGAGGAGGAACAGAAAUACAGCCCCGGAGGGAGCCCCCAGAGGAGGCACUGUGCUAG